AUGGGGCCGCGAGGCUUUACAAAUCCUGCUCCUAAGACCGAAUCGGCACGGUCAGCUUUAAGCUCUUUCACUUGUACGCUAUGCAACAAGUCUUAUUCCCGUCACCCAGAGUAUGAAGCGCACAUUGGAUCUUAUGACCACCAACACCGCAAACGUCUUCAAGAUCUCAAACAGCUAUCGCGAGACCCAAAUGCAGCAGAAAAGGCUAGACGGGCGGAGAAAAAGGCCGACGCAGAAGCUGGGUUGAGAGUACUCGACACUGCGAAGACCGGCUCCGCCUCGGGCACAGGAAGCAGUGGAGGUUUCAAGAAGGGAGGCUUCAAAAGUUCAUUCACCACUGUUAAAGGUCCAGCUGCCCCCGCCGCUCCGACGAGGAAGAAUGUGCUAGAAGAUGACGAUGAAGGAACCAACGGACCAGCUGCCGCAAGGGGCGAUGAUCACGCUCGUUCCAUGGGCCCUAAGAUCAUACAAGAACAAGGUGAAAGUGACACAGAUGAGGAGUACGUGACUGAUACUGCAGGCGGAGGAUACUAUGAUCCGCGGAAACCAACAGAUUGCUUCCCCGGCUGUGUCGGCCUAGCUCAGAGCUAA